AUGUUAUUUGUGUCGCUUGACUUCCCCAGCAGCAAAUCAACGACACCACUCUUCCCCAAGCCCCUCCCGUCGUUCUAUCGUGAGCCGCCGUCAUAUUGUGAACCGCUGUCGUAUCGUGAACCGCCGUCCUAUCGUGAACGGCCUUCAUAUCGUGAACCGCCCUCAUAUCGUGAACCGCCGUCAUAUUGUGAACCGCCCUCAUAUCGUGAACCGCCAUCAUAUUGUGAACCGCCGUCCUAUCUUCCGCCUUCUUAUCGUGAACCGCCGUCCUAUCGUGAACCGCCAUCUUAUCGUGAACUGCCGUCCUAUCGUGAACCGUCCUCAUAUCGUGAACCGCCGUCAUAUGCAUUGUCUGAUGUAUCGCAGUCUUCGCAUGUUGAGGUCGGCGUUACUGAACGCAGCUCAAACUCCGCCAACUCUCCAGCGUCUCCCUACAUUGCGAGUAGGGAUCCCCCAAAUACUCCAGUGCCUUUUUAA